AUGAUUGCAUUAGAGCAUUGUUAAUAGCUAUUAGAGUUAUAUAUACUUGAAUUUAGUGACCCUGAUUAAAUUUAAGUUCAUGAUGAUGAACCAGUAUAUAAGAAUUUAAACUAAAGUAAACUCCAGUUUUUGAUAGACACACUACUCAACAUGUUUAAUCUGUGUUAUGGAAACGAUAAUCAAUAAGAUUAUUAGACAAUUCCUCUUAAAAAGAAUUUGAAAUUAAAAAAGAUUAUGGUUUGUUUGAGACAUAUGAACCUAAGCCUUAACUAAUUGUAGUUGAUAGAGACAAAUCAGAUGAUAAAUAUAGAUUAGAAGCCAUGAAGAAGAAGAAAGAUAAAAGAAAUGCUAAACUUAGAGAUCAAAAUUUACCAUAUAAUGAAUACAUUCAUCCUGCAAAAUAAAUUUAAGUUAAAUUAUUGUUAUCAAAAAAACCAUUAAAAGAUUAUUAAACGUAUGAUUCUGAUGGUAGUAUUAUGAGAAGAAGAGAAUAAGUUAAAUAAUUAAGUCCAAUUGUCAAUACAGUCAAAAGUAAAUUAUAAGGAAGAGUUGACCAAAAAUAAUCAGAACCUAUUGCUGAAGAAAACAUUAUUAAUCAAUAAGCCUUAUUUAAAUUAAAGGUUGCUACAAAAGUUAAAACAUAAUAUGAUGAACCAUAUAAUUUUGAAGCAUUCCCUUUAAAAACAGGAGUUAAAUUAACAUUCACAUAAGAAAAAAAGAAAAAGGAAGAAGAGAAACUCAAUAAUGAAGAAGAAGAUCUAACUGAUGCUGAUACUUAUUAACUAUAAAAGUUUAUUAAAAAACCCAGUUAUACAACACUUCCUUUAUUUAAAUUACCCAAGAAAAAACAGAAUAUUACUCAUGAGAGAUCUUUCCGUACUCUUAGAUUAAAUAAAGGAUUUGAAUAUUGA